AUGAUUAUUUACAAGGAUAUCAUCUCUGGAGAUGAACUGCUGUCUGAUGCGUACGACGUCAAAGAAGUUGGUGGAGUUGUCUACGAGGCUGACUGUCAAAUGGUCACUGUCGGUAGUGGUGAUGUAGACAUUGGUGCCAACCCUUCUGCCGAAGAAGGUGGUGAGGACUUGGAAGAUGGUGCUCAAACUGUCAACAACGUCGUUUACUCGUUCAGAUUGGCUGAGACUCAAUUCGACAAGAAGUCCUUCAUGGUUUACAUCAAGGGUUACAUGAAGAGAAUCAGAGCUCAUUUAACUGAGAACGCUCCAGACCAAGUUGAAGCCUUUGAGAAGGGAGCCAGUGCUUACGCCAAGAAGAUCUUGUCUUCUUUUGGUGACUGGGACUUCUACACCGGUGAAUCCAUGGAUCCUGAUGGAAUGAUCGUCCUGUUGAACUACCGUGAGGACGGUGUUACACCAUACGUUUCCAUCUGGAAACACGGUGUGAAGGAGGAGAAGAUCUAA